AUGGUCACGGGCCAUGUUAAUUGCGCUUCAGGCAAGAAACAAGUUGGCUUUAUCGACUGCUCUCUCGAGAAACCAAGAGACGAUGACCCUCUCAAAGAAAGGUGGGAAAAAUGUAAUUUCAUGGUCUUGGCGUGGAUGUUUAACACCAUGGAAGGAAGUCUCCAAGCCACCGUAGCUUACGCAGUGGACGCUAGAAGCUCGUGGGACGAUCUCAAGGAGAGAUUUUAUGAAGGAAAUCAAUCUAGGGUUUUUCAAAUCAAGAUCGAUAUUUGUCUUCUCAAGCAAGAAGGGUUGAGUGUUCAGGAUUACUAUGGCAAACUGAAAUUGCUGUGGGAUGAGUUAGAAUUCUACUUGGAACACCGAGGUUGUAGCUGCGGGGCGAGCUCCAUGAUUGUGGCACACGGGGAAGCGGAGAAGUGUUAUCAAGUCCUUAUGGGACUUACCUCGGAAUUUAACACAAUCCGGUUAACAAUUCUCAGCAUAGAACCAUUACCGAACCUGAAUAAGGUGUACAAGAUGGUGGCGAGCGAGAAGCGGCAGAAGAUGGUUGCACGGUCCCGAGAAGCUGUCCCUGAAUCGGCCGUCUUUCUUGCCAAAGAAGAAACAGAGCACAGGCGAGCUGGAAUGAACAGAUUGCAGAGCUUUGGGGAGGGGAGAGCAACUUGCAGUCACUGUGGGAAGCUGGGCCACACAAGGAAUACAUGUUGUGCCCUUAUCGGAUACCCGACCUGGCACUCCAAGUCCAAAUCGAAUUCAGGAAAAGUACCGAACAAGGACAGAACAAGCAAAGCGGUGGGUUGUAAGGGAAAGCCCAAACCCAGCAGGGCCCGGACCGAGCGAACGCUGCCCAGACAGUGUAGAGGACAAGCUUGCGAGCCGAGCACUUAG